AUGCUGCGGGCAGUGACCCGGGUCACCUGCAGUCUGUGUCCUCCCUGGGCUGGGCCCUCUGUGAGGAUGCACAGCAGUGAGAGAGCCCCCAAGCGCAGCCUGGCCAACCGUGUGGCUGUGGUCACGGGGUCCACCGCUGGAAUUGGCUUGGCCAUUGCCCGGCGUCUGGCCCAGGAUGGGGCCCAUGUGGUCAUCAGCAGCCGGAAGCAGCAGAACGUGGACCGGGCGGUGACUGCACUGCGCGAGGAGGGGCUCAGCGUGAUGGGCACCGUGUGCCACGUGGGGAAGGCGGAGGACCGGGAGCACCUGGUGGCCACAGCCCUGGAGCACUGUGGGAGCGUCGACUUUCUGGUGUGCAAUGCUGCUGUCAACCCUCUGGUGGGGAGCACCCUGGGGGCCAGCGAGCAGGUGUGGGACAAGAUCCUGAGUGUGAACGUAAAGUCCCCAGCUCUGCUCCUGAGCCAGCUGCUGCCCCACAUGGAGAAGAGGGGGAACGGGGCAGUCAUCCUGGUGUCUUCCAUUUCAGCUUACAUGCCCCACGUGGAGUUGGGUGCCUACAAUAUUAGCAAGACUGCCCUGUUGGGCCUCACCAGGACACUGGCAUUAGAGCUGGCCCCCAGGGGCAUCCGGGUGAACUGCCUCAUUCCUGGGGUGAUUGAGACUGCCUUCAGUGAAGUGGUUCAUAAAAAUGAGGCUUUUUGGAACCAGCUCAAGGAAAGCCAGCGGGUACAAAGGAUUGGGCAGCCAGAGGACUGCGCAGGGCUCGUGUCAUUUUUGUGCUCCCCAGAUGCCAGCUACAUCACUGGGGAGAGCAUCGUGGUGGCCGGCUUCUCCCCCCGCCUCUGA